AUGUCCUUUAAAUUUCCUUCAUUCGAUUUGAAAUCCAUUCAGGAAUCAUUACCAACAGUUGAACAAUUCCGUGAAAGCCUUUCCAAGGUGAAUCCCUCGAAAACCGUGGAACAAUUUAGAGAUUCGAUUCAACCAUUCGCGUCAAAGACUCAACAAUUGAUCAACGAACAGUUGCUGCAAGUCCAAGCUUUAGCGUCCACCACUUCCAACGUCGAAGUAAGCGAAUUACCUCAAGAUUACUUGCAAUUGGAGAUUGGUUGCGAUUUAUUGUUGAAAUUGUAUUCAGACUUGAUUCAAUCAAACAACGAAACUUAUGGACAAGUUAGUUAUGAUUACCCACCAGGGAACUAUACAAUCAACAAGAUUAGAGAUGCGCAUGUAGGAAAUAUAAUUGGAAACAAGUUUAACCAGUUAAAGAAUGUCUCUUCCCCUCAGGAGUUGGAAAAAAUCUUGUUGGGCGAAGCUGAUGAAUCCAACACUGAAGCACAGAGUUCCGACAAAGGCGUAUCCAUUCAACCUACUUCACCUGAUCUACCAAAGACGUUGUACGGUCAUUUGAGUGCAUUGACGGCCAAACAUUCAGAAGAAUUGCAAAAGAACUCCAACCUGAGCUCGCUCGCGUUUGUUUUGUUGAAAAUCUCAUCAACUUAUCAUGAAAUUGGUUUAGCAAGAUUGGACCAGGACAAGACCAUUCUCAACUUGAAUCAUGAAUUGGUUGAAAUAUUGAAUGCACAAUUCAUCAAGGUUAACGAGUUGAGAAAGAAGGUGUACUUUACUAGAUCUCAAUUUGAUCAAUUGAGAAGCAAGUUUGAAUCGAGUGACCCAGAGAAUGAAGAGUUGAUUUCAAAAGAAGAUGAGCUAGUUAGUGCUACUGAGUUGGCAGUUGUCGAAAUGAAAAAGCUUUUAAAGCCUUCGAAGAACAUCGAUUUAUUGAAGAUUUUUGUCAAGGCCCAGAAGGAGUAUUUUGAAGUUGGUGCAAAGAAAUUGGACAGCUUGUUGACUAGCUUAGAUGAGGUUAAGCCUGGAGAAGGAGAGGAGGAGGAGGAGGAUGAAUAA